UACCAACGGCUCCUCCGUCUAGUGGUUCUGGUUCUGCAGAGGGAGUCUGGUUCUGAACCGGAACCGGUGUUUUCAUCAACACAGAUGUUUCAGCUCCAGUGAUGGAGGACUCUUCCUGCUCAGAGGACCAGCCCGAGGGUCCGUCACCGGUGGUUGGGGUCGGCCUCUGUGACUCCGCCCCCCUGCUGUGGAGGCUGCAGGACCUGAAGACGGUGAGGCGCCGCGGCCUGGUGGGGGCGCUGCUGGGCUCACUGCCCAGAACCCCCCGACAGAACCAGAGACUGGGCCGACCGCUGCUGCUGCUGCCGGAGGAGGAGAAGCUGCUGAGGGAGGAGAAGGCAGCUGGAGCCCUGCCGGGCCACAACCAGGAUGUCGGGGGGGCGGAGCUCCAGCAGGGUUUCGAGGAGGAGCAGCAGAGGAGCUUCGAGGAGCAGAGCGUCCUCGCUCUGGACGACAGGAAGUCAGCGCUGCUGCGAGCCAUGACAUCAUCACACACAGAGUCUGGAGCUGCAGACGAGGCUCUGCGCGGCCGCCUGGAGGCCCUGGACCACGGCUUUACCUUCCCUCGGUCGGCGAUGGCGGUCCAGCUGAGCACUGCGAGGGCGGGGCUUAGUUACUGCCCCGAGGCCCGGACCCUCCUACAGGCCGACUGGCCAAUCAGAGAGCAGGGUGGUCCCUGCAGCGACACCAAGUACCAGGUGUUCAGAGACCUGCGGGGGCGGGGCUUCUACCUGACAUCAGCCGGGAAGUUUGGAGGAGACUUCCUGGUUUAUCCAGGUGACCCUCUUCGUUUCCACGCCCACUUCAUCGCCGUGUGUCUGGCGCUGGACGAGUCCAUCUGUCUGCUGGACGUCCUCGCUGUGGCCCGGCUCGGAUCCAACGUCAAGAAGACGGUUCUGCUGUGUUCGCCGGCGCCGGACGGAGGCGUUCGCUACACGUCGCUGCAGUGGAGCGGGAUGGCCUAACAUCUGGACGGACGGUUUGACAUCUGGGCGGACGGUGCUGCAUUCAGGGACACACAACCGACUGAGGACUCAACAGAACCUCUUCAGGGCCCAGUUCGUUCUGACUCUGGCUCCUGAGCAGCAGAUUGACUUUGACAGUACCUACAGAGAGCUGCACAGGAGGCUGGAAGGUGAGAAAAUAAAAUAUACACGACGACAAAAAGAGACAAGCUGAAAACCUGGAAACAGUGAAAAGGAAAAUUCUGAUCAUUUCUUGUUUCUUUGUUGUAGAAUUUGGUGAAGAUAAAAUAGAUUCAGAGGCUCCAGAAGGGGACACAGUUUGUAUUAUUGGCCCCUAAAAAAUGGAAAAAAGUGCAAAACCUUCAAAUGAAGCUGGUGUUCUGGCCCCAGAAUGUUCCUGUUAGCGUAUAUUAAUGGAUGGAUCCAGAUUUCAGACUAAAAAGACGCUUUGGUCAAGAUUUCACCGACUGUUGAGGCUCUAACAUCAGUCGGACCUGAUGUGUGGAAAGUUUGAGCAGACGAGGUUCCAGUUUUUUUAGUUAUUUUGACUCACUGGUAGGAAACAAACUGGUCUUUACUGGUUCUAUAUGUUGGUUUUAUGUGACGCUCUGAUAAGACAUGAUGUUGGUAUUUAAAGAAACAGGAACCUGAUUAAUCUGUUUAACUUUGAGGCUUUAAAUCUUCGUGGAAGCACAGAAAACAAACAGGUUGAUUCUGAGUGUAUUUUUAUUUCACAUGAUUUUACCUUUAAAUACAGUCAAAGGAAGGAAGCUUCAGUUUCUAGAAACGUUAUUCCUGUAACUAAAAGCUGCAGUUUGAUGGAAUAAAGACCAACGGAGAUGAUCCA